AUGUCCUGAUCCUGCCGUGGCGCUGACACCGAGUGCGCUCUGCAUCUUUAAAACAGAAAAAAGAAAAAAAGAAAAGCCAAAGAAAAACACACAACCAGCUCAGUCAUAACUGUGGGACGAUAAGGACUACCUCUUUUUACUUUUAGAGAGAGCCAAGCCGUUAGGAGAGCAUUCAGCAUCAGCUGUUCGACACUGGUCUCUCAUUGCUGGAAGUCGAGGCUAAAUCAGUCACAUGACAGAACUGGAGGCAGAGAUCUAGAGAAAAGGCACAGCAUUUCGGCUUGCACCGCCAUACUGUAUUUUGAGCCAUAUCACAUUUUUAUUGCAACAUUUUACUCCCGCUCGGUGAGUACAUUUUCAAUGGCUUUUUUGUAAGCAUUUUUUGUCUUUUUAAUUGCCCCCUUUUUUAUUUUUACUCCUUUUGCUGGUGUUUGAAUUGAGCAUUGACAUGGUGGUUUUGAGCGUUUUUCACAUCCAGGCUUCAAGUUUUUAGCAUGCAGUUAUUCUGAUCGAGAGUGCCAAGAGGGUAAUCGGUGCGGUAUCUUGAGAGAGCCUUUAUUUGCUUGCAGUUUUGUUUCGAGGGUCGAAACCAAGCAGCUUUUGUCAGUAUUGAGAUUUUUCAAACAAUUUAUUGGUGGUUUUGAAACAUUUUUAUUUUUUUGUUUCUGUCGACUUUUGCUGUUGCUAUGCUUUGGUUUGCAUUUUGCAGUGUUGUUUGUUGCCUUCGAGUUUUGUGAUUUUGAUGUGUCGGUGAAUCCCACCGCCCUUGCUUUUACUUUGUUCUUCUUUUCUUUAUAAAAAAAGGAGUCAUUUUUAAAGCCCGAUGACAUUUUAACGUGAUACUUUUCUUGCAGCUGAGCUCUCAGGUUUGUUGUUUUUGUGUUUCUCUCUUUUUUCGAUUUCAUUAUACUUUUGCUGGUGGCAUUGUCAAGUAUUUUUGGAUGUUAACGUUUUUUGACUAGAUGAUGCUGGGUGGACGAGGGGAGUUUUGAUUCUUGGGGGAGUUCAAUGCGUUUUUGUUUUCUGUAUCAACGAGGAUGAACAGACAUUUUCCCUUUUGCAGGAGGGCAACUGGAGGAGAAUGACUGGUAAACUCCAGACCAGCAACGUGACCAACAAGAAUGACCAGCGCUCUCUAAACUCCAGAGUCUUUAUUGGCAACCUCAACACAGCCAUCGUCAAGAAAACCGACAUAGAGGUCAUCUUCGCCAAGUACGGCAAGAUAGUGGGUUGCUCUCUGCACAAAGGUUACGCCUUCGUACAGUAUUUGAACGAGAGGAACGCCCGAGCAGCUGUGGCGGGAGAAAAUGCCCGUAUCAUCGCUGGACAGCCUCUUGAUAUAAACAUGGCGGGCGAACCCAAGCCGUACCGGCCCAAAGCAGGCUCCAAACGGCCGCUCUCAGCUGUUUAUAGCGGUUAUGAAUUUGAUUACGAGUACUACAGGGAUGAUUUCUACAACAGGCUUUUCGACUACCACGGCAGAGUGGCCCCCCCACCGAGAGCCGUGAUUCCCGUCAAGCGCUCCAGGGUGCUCGCUCCCUCCUCCCGCCGCGGGAAGACCUCCCUCCCCGUCAAGACCGCCUCCUCUUCCUCCUCUUCAUCCUCCAGACCUCCCACGUCAUCCUCCUCCUCCGGGCUCAAACCGGUGAAGACGGACCAGCUCCAAACUAUUAAACGGGAGCUCACCCAGAUCAAGUUGAAGAUCGACUCUUUGCUGGGACGCCUGGAGAAGAUCGAGAAGCAGCAGAGAGCCGAGUCUGAAGCUCAGAGAAAAUACGAGGACAACUGCGACUCCCUUCACGAGGAGUCUGUGUCAGAGACGGCGGAAAACUCUGGGGAGGAGGCCGGCGACGGGGCGCUGGACGUGGAGGCGGGAGAGAUGACCGACGGAGGCGAGGACGACUACGACGAUGAGGGCAGCCACCAUCUGAUAGAGAACCAUGUAUCGGACAUUGACAACUGAGACCAGGACGAGGCAGCAGACACUCCUGGGUCGGUGGUAUUAGAAUUCAUCAUCACCUUCAAGAGACAGAAAAAAAAAAGAUCUCCUGAGGGAUCAAGACUCUCAUUGUGGACUGUAAGUUAUAUUCAAGAGAUGCUGAAUCACAUUUAGAUGCCCAACUGUGCAGCACAAACCGAACGUGAUGCUUCAUCCUUGAAGAAAAUGUAUCCAAGACCCAUUUCAAUACAUUGGCCACCUCCCCAUGGAUAUUCUGUACAACUUAUAUGUCAUUGCAAGAGGCUGACGGUAUCAUGCGCUAAUCCUGUUGCUGGGAAGAAAAAAAAAAUGGAAAGGGAAUGAAAUGAAGGCUUUUUAUUCAGAUUUCUAAAUUGAAUUGGGUGGAAAGGAAAAGGGAACAUGACAUUGUUGAUCAUCCGCUGUAUGAAAUGUGUUUGCAAUGUAAUUUCACAAAACUGUUUUCCGAACGAAUUUCUGUUGUUGCUCAAAGAUCAAAUGAAACAUCGAUGCCGUCUGUCUUUGGCUUUGACUCGAGCGCAAGCCAACAGCUACCAGCAUAACUUUUAUUCAGCUUAUCCAUUUAUCACACAAAUACCCUGUGGGGCUGUUCCAUCAUAUAGUCCAACUCCUGCCAAUUUUUAGAAGCAGAAAUUUGCUACUGCGUGGUAGAGAGCCAACACUGGCACAGGCGUCCUGCCAGGGCGCAGUGCCCUAACCUCUCAAUGCGCUCCUCCCUGCUCGGCCUGUGCAUCCCAACAUGGACCGCUGCUGUUCGGGAGCCAACGCCCUUUAUCCGUCUCCUCUGCUAUUCUCCCGCCGCAUUCUGCAUUCUGUCUCGGCGAAGAAGCAAGGCAACGUUUUUUUUACAUAUUGAGGCGCGUUGAUAUUAUCGAAGUAUGUGAUCUUAGUUCCAGAUGGCUGAUUUAUACAUUUCUGAUUUAAAAUAUGGACUAAUAUUAACACUACACAAUGGCUAAUGCUGCCUCUUUAAAAACAAUGCAAAGCUGUAUCCCAUUACUCCUUUUUAAUAAAGAAAACCCCCAUAAAUGGCAAUAUUAAAGAUAAAGUUGAUCUGGCCAGCAUUAAUGUUUUGUCCACUCAUUUGGUGCGGUUUACUAACAUGAUGUCAUUUCUCAGUCCAUUUGUUUUCAUUGUUGCCAUGUGGAGCUGCUAACAUGCAUUUUGACAUUUUAUUUAACCUGAUUAUCAAUAAAUUGCUGCAAAAAUGAAUCUUGUCACCGAUGAGGUGAUGUCGCCAUGUUUGUCCAAUUUUUUUUUUCUCCCAAUAUGUAACAGAGUAAAUGUACUCCAAACCAUGACAAAGGCAUGUUCCGUUUGACUUUUAAAGCUGUUCUCAGGAGGUGGUAGGUGUUAAGAACUAAUAUGCACCAGGUGUGCCAGCUGAUUGGUCAGGAGCAUCAAUUAGACUGUCAGCCAAUCAGCUGGCACACCUGGUCUACAGUAAAUUAGCUGUAGAUAGGAUUGUAAGCAAAGGCUGGCAGUUAGCAAGGCUCGUGGGCUAACGACAUUAAUCACAGCUGUACGUUAUACAGCUUCUUAUCAAACACUCGUUAACCUCUAUCAUUGUCCUUGCACUCACUGCAGCCAAGUCACAGCUUCUCUGCUGCUCGCAGAACUUCACUCGUACGGUGUUGAACUCCUCUUCUGCUCCUGCUGAAGUUUCUUUUUUGUUAAAGAGUGAAAGAAGAUAGGCCCUUAUUCUUACUGGAUAUCAGUAGUCCUGAAUUGCUUUAAGAGUUUAAUCGUGUGCUCAUUAUUAGUUUAAAUUAGUUGUUUCUCCCCCCCCCCCCCCUAAAUUACGUAAAAAGCUUGAGUAGAUAGUUCUGGUACUUUUUGCCCAGGUUUUGGGAUAUGUGCCCUUGAGAGAUGUAGCCACCCCGAUGCAAAUUUACUAAAUUAAUUUGUGGUGCUUGAAGCUGUGUAAUUAGAAAAAUUCAACAGCAGUGAUUUUGUUUGUUUUUCAGACCAAUUGUCCCUAACUACUCACACAAGCGAUGGAGUAAUCACCUGAGUAAUGGUGGGGGGGUUUUUUAUUAAUGUAAUUGUUCAAUGUUUUUGAACACUAUAAGCAUAACACUUAUUAGCACCAAACCUGAGCAAUUAAAACCAAAGCACCCAGGAGUAAGUAAUACAGUAUUGUUUUGUAAUUUGGUUGAACGGACCCCUUUUUCUUUUAAGAGAAUGAUUUAAAUGUGAAGGAACGGUCGCCUUGCACAAUUUCAUGACCACAACCGUCGCACCUGGCAGUGCUGCCUGAAAAAAAAACAUCAAAUAAAAUGUCUGUCCUGCAGCUCAUUGAAAAAUAAAUGUCUGGU